AGACGUUUAUUAAUUUGUUUAUGGUAACGAGAAUAUGAAAAAUGAAAAGACAAAAACGACCCAAAGAAGAACAAUACAAGAAAUUGACGGGAAAAUACAGCGAUGACAGUUCAGACGAAACGGAGCUCUUCAUCAUUAAAAAGACCACUUACCAAGAACCACCGACGGUUGAGAAAAUAGUAGAAGAAGGUGAUACUUUACAAGCCAUAGCUAUCCGAUAUAGAUGUACCGUAGAGGAAUUAAAACGUAUAAAUCAUAUUUUAAAUGCUAAUGAGAUCUUUGCAAAAGGAAAAAUAAAGGUUCCCGAAAGGCCGUUUUCAACGAUUUUAGCAGGUAUUCAUAACAAUAGCGGUAGAUCGUCUCCUAAAGAUGAUGAUGUCGCAAUAAAAAAAGAACCUGCAGUUGCAAAUUUGAUUGAUUUGCCUUCAACAAGUUCCACAAACGAGAAUGUGAACAAUGUGAUUUUUAAUUCGACCAUUUCAAAUACAAAAACUUGUGAUAACGACAUAAACGAGAAUUAUGAUGAAGAAAUAACUUUACUGCCGGUACACUCAACCAUUUCACAUUCACCUCCCUCUAAGUUUAAUUGUAGUGGAGUCGAUGCUGAUAUUUCCUGGAUUACACUUAUCGUUUUUAUUGUAACUUUAAUAGUUGCUGUACCUCUUAUUUUUGUGUUUUAUAUUGCCGAGCAUCAUGAAACAUAAAUU